GACACCUUAUAAGGCCUGGUUGAUGGAGCCUGGAUGCUACUAAUCCUAAAUGGGCGCCCAGCUGUAGCUGCUGGUGCCUGAUGCUGCCUGGACUUGACAUCAGCUGAUUAACCAGUCAUCAACUCACUGCCUCCUCCCUAUACCUAUUAUCAUCAUGGCUUCCUUGAUCGAUUUCGCUCGGCGGUGGAUCUGCCCUGGGCAACAGAAUUAUUGGCCGCUUUUCGGAUCAUCGCAAAUGAAUUGUUCUCAACGAAGAAGGGAGGAGCUGAAACUCCACUCGGCGCGCGAUAAGACGGACAUGGAAAUUCAACUGGAAGCAUCUGGGGACAUCAACUCUCUUCAGCGGUAUCGCGCCAUCGGGUUCUUCGCAAGCUAUAAUGGCACCUACCUUGCUAUAUUCCUGGAUAUGGAAGAAGAGCUCCGCGGGAUAGCUCAACGGGAGGAAGCCAUCCGUGAUGGAGAUACAGUUGACGAAGAAGAGCUCGCCGACCUCAACAAGAGAUAUUGGUGUGUUGAUCGCACAAGGUGGCACUGUCGCACCUGUUUUGCCGAAGGCCCAUUGACAAGAGGCUUUGAGCUCUGGAGAUCGCACCCGCGAUGGUAUCUACAUCAAAUCUUGGUAGAAGACUGUGCCGGUCGGGGUGGAUGCUGUGGUCGUGAUUGCGGCUGCUGUUUUCGGCGUCAUACACGGACAACCGCGGCGCGAAAGCAUAGCGUGGGCCACUGUACAACAGAGUGUGGCUGCUGUACACGGGCGAGGGGAUUCACCUUGUCAGAGAAGACCAAGGAGGUUUACAUGGAGCAGUUUGGGCUUACCCAGAAUACACAUUAUUCACACCGAAUUGCUCUUGCUUCGAUUUGGGGACUGGCCCUGGGGAACGAGGCAGAUCCAUUCAGUCUCAUUCAAGAGAUGGAAUGGAGGCUUCAGAUAGCGAAUGCGGUGCGCUGUCCUAACCUGGAUAGUGCGGGGUCAGAGGGGUAUACUUUAACUCAACAAGAGACCUACAAUAUUGAUUGAUUUGAGAAGCAGUUACUUGAAAGACUACUGUUAUACC